AUGAGUCCUUCUCUUCUCAGCGCCUUUUCGGUGCUUUUAUUUGCCACUUCCUUCUUCCUCCCCGUCAAGGCCGCGGCACCAUCUUACAACUUUAGCCAAGAGGCCAUCAACAACGGCGACGCCCUUGCUCAACUUGCUGCACAGGCUCUGGCUAACUCUAAAGAAUUGCACCAACGUUCGGGUGCAUUUGCAAACUCAACAUGCACGCCGGACAAGGUUCGCGUCCGCCGAGAAUGGAGAACACUCCCUGCCGAGCAGAGGAGAGCCUUUGUAGCUGCUAUUGAGUGUAUGCAGAGUUCCCCGAGCUUGUAUGAGCCGGGAGUGAUGCCUGCUGCAAAGACUUUGUAUGAUGACUUUGUGGCUAUCCACCUUAAGCAGACUCCUGUCAUUCACAGAACGGCUAAUUUCCAGCUCUGGCAUCGCCUGUACACAGACGUGUUUGAGCAAAAGGUCCGCGAAUGCGGUUAUACUGGUACGUUUCCCUUCUGGGAAUGGGGUUAUGAUGCGGAAGACCCUACGCUGUCACCUCUCUUUGACGGAUCGGACACUUCCAUCGGCAGCAACGGCGCCUUUGUUCCUCAUGAAGGCCUCGAAAUUCACCAGGCUUACACCAACGUAACUCUCAAGCUCGAGCCCGGAUCUGGUGGUGGGUGUGUCAUGUCGGGCCCCUUCUCCAAAAUGACGGUCAACCUCCCCGUCGUUCAGAACACAGACACUCCUCUCGCUGCUGACCCGCGCUGCCUGCAGCGAGACCUGAACAAGCACGUCUCUUCUCGACACACCACAUUUCGGAACACGACGCUCCUUCUGACUGAGCACAACACUCUCGAGUCGUUCUGGGGCUUUUUGAAUGGUGAUGAUCGUUACAUCAACCCCUUUGAGCUAGGAGUUCAUGCGGCUGGCCACUGGCAGCUCGGAGGCGACUCUGGCAAAAACUUCUUCAUCUCUCCGGCUGACCCAGCAUUCUUCCUGCACCACAGCCAGAUCGACCGUGUUUAUUGGAUCUGGCAGAUGCUUGACUGGGAGAACAGGCAGGAUAUCUUUGGUACUGUCACGAUGCAAAACAUUCCCCCGAGCCGCAACGGCACUUUGGACGACCUGGUUGAUCUUCGGCCUUUGGCUGAGCCAAGAAAGCUGAGGGACCUUAUGAGCACGAUUGGAAUCGGUGGCUCUCCGUUUUGCUACGUCUACGAGGGGUAG